CUUCACAGUCAAUCCCUCCAGAUCUUCAGUUCCCCCCGCGUAUAUCCGUUGCGUCCGUCGCUUCACUACCAACACAUUAUGGGUGUCCCCUUCGAGGCCUUGCUUCCUUUUGGAAUCAUCAUCGGUUCCCUCUCUGCCGGUGCUGGUGGUAUCUGGGCUUGCAAGUGGUUUAUGAAUGACGGAAAGACGGCGCGUUGGAACCUGGAUCUUUGGGAUAGGGUAAUGAUGGAGAGAGACCGCAGAAUGACUGGAAAAUUCCGAGCUCAAUCGUCCAACCAUGAAGCCCCCAAGGGUUUCGAAGUCAAUAACCCCUGGAAGUUGUUGCUGAGGCAGCGGGAUAGUCCCGUUAUUACGGUAGAGUUCUAAAAUGCUCAAAAAGAUC